AUGCCCGCAUUACUAGAAAACGACUUGAGACGUCUCUCUGAAUCAAACUUCGAAACAGAUAUCAUUACCUUGUCCAGAUUCUUGCUGGACAACCAGAAGGACAUAAAAUUCGCAACAGGCGAGUUCACGCUGUUGCUGAACGCUUUGCAAUUCGCAUUCAAAUUCAUCUCCCAAACAAUCAGAAAGGCAGAGCUGAUCAACUUGGUUGGGCUCUCCGGCACUUCAAACUCAACUGGGGACGAUCAAAAGAAGCUAGACGUGCUCGGCGAUGAAAUCUUCAUCAACACAAUGAAAGGGUCUGGCAACGUCAAGGUUCUGGUCUCCGAGGAACAGGAGGAUCUUAUUGUCUUCAACAACGCCGAGGGAGGUUACGCAGUCUGCUGCGAUCCCAUCGAUGGUUCUUCCAAUUUGGACGCCGGUGUCUCCGUGGGGACAAUCGUAUCCAUUUUUAGACUUUUGCCAGGCUCCAAAGGCUCCAUUAAGGACGUGCUGAGGUCCGGGAACGAUAUGGUUGCCGCUUGUUACGCUAUGUAUGGUGCAUCGACUCAUCUGUUGUUGACCACUGGCGCGGGUGUCAAUGGUUUCACGUUGGACACAGAAAAAGGUGAGUUUAUUUUGACACAACCAGACUUACGUUUGCCAUCCUCAAGAAGCAUUUACUCCAUAAAUGAGGGAAACACGAAGCACUGGGAUGCAAAAAUCCAGAAGUUCAUAGAUAGUUUGAAAACGUGCGAAAAUAACUACUCUUCAAGAUACAUUGGUUCGAUGGUAGCUGAUAUGCAUAGAACCUUCCUAUACGGUGGUUUAUUUGCAUAUCCAGCCGACAAAAAAUCCCCUAAUGGUAAAUUAAGGUUGCUGUACGAGGCAUUCCCAAUGGCAUUCUUGGUCGAGCAAGCGGGUGGUAAAGCGGUUAAUGACGAAGGUAAAAGAAUUCUGGAUCUAGUCCCAAAGAACAUCCACGACAAGUCGUCGGUCUGGUUAGGCUCACAAGAUGAGAUUGAUAACUACUUGAAAUUUAUUUCCCAACCUUAA